AUUUUUUUCUUCUUCUCACCACCAGGAUUGUGCUUCACAGCUGAAGUUUUUUUUUUCUUUUUUCUUUUUUUUCUACUCAUCACCUGUUGAAGAAGCAGAGAAUGUUGCUCAGGUUGAUCUUGUGCAUCAAGAGCCGGUCCUGAAUGUGUUCGACAGCAAACUAUGUUCUCCCUCUGAGGAGAACCUGCGAGGUAUUAGCCGCUCCAGGCAGGCUGUGUGGGGGAGUGCCCAUGUCAACUAAUUUCCCUGGGGCCAGGUCUCAUGGAGCUCCUCAGGACACAGAGAUGGAUGUGGCGUGGCAGGAGCUGAUGGCCAUUACAGAGCUGCAGGAGUUUGAGGUCCCCAGUGAAGGCUCCUAUGAAACAACACAGUACCAAACCAUGGAGCCCAUGGUCCCUAUGGGAGUAUUUGGGAUGGCUCAGUCCCAUUCGGACGCUCCUCCUGCUGCUUGUGAGCUCAGCACUGCUGACACUUAUAAUGGAUGUUACUCUGAAGAGGUGCCAGCCUGUCAUCGCCUCGCCAGCCACACAGAGCCAAUGUACGGACACUCAGAAUCUCAGCUCAAUCAAAGAAUGCUCCCCGUCUCUUCUCACACACAGCCCUCACACAUGGCUUUGAGGGAACAGAUGAACAUGUCCGGUACCAGGCAGGGCCACAGGAGGGCCAACGCUUGUCUCUCUCAGGAUCUACGCCGGCACAUGGUAUGGAGUACACAUGGACAAGGUUCACACGCUCGCUCCGCUGAUGAUCUAGAGUCUGACUCUGGUCUGUCUCUGGGUUCUAGUCCACCUUUGGCCUCCCCAGACAAUCCUGUUGGUGGUGCACCAGGUUACCAGACUGUAGACAUGGGCAUGGCAUAUAGUGAUGGUGAACCAGACAGCAUGGCUGAGCACGCCAGAAGAGCACACAACCAUUACCCAAUGGACUACCAGAGUCAAUCUCAUUCAUAUUUACACUCAGGUGCACAUCCUUAUUUUCCACCCCAACCCGCUUUAUCUCAUUCUCAACCAAAUGCUCUGACCCCUCGGUCUGUGAAGCUGCAAGGACACGCCUCUGCUCUGAGCGACCUGUACAUUGACUCUGCAGUGCCCAGCAGAGGGAGCUCACAACACAACAUGUAUUCAAAACCACAAGGAAGUAUCUCCACUCCAGCUCCCCUAAGCAGAGAUGAGAGGCGGGCCUUGUCUCUGAAGAUCCCUUUCCCAACCGAGAAGAUUAUUAAUCUACCUGUGGAUGACUUCAAUGAGCUCCUGACACAGUACACUCUGACAGACCCUCAACUCGCACUGGUCAGGGACAUUAGACGGAGAGGGAAGAACAAGGUGGCAGCUCAGAACUGCAGGAAAAGGAAGCUGGAGAGCAUAAUUCACCUUGAAAGAGACUUGAACCAGCUGCAAGCCCAAAGAGAGCACCUGGCCCAGGAAAGGCUCGAGUUCCAGCGCAGCUUGGCUUUUAUUAAAUGUCGACUUACAGACCUUUAUUCAGAAGUAUUUUCUCACUUAAGAGAUGAAGAUGGACAACCAUACUCAAUAGAUGAAUAUGCCUUACAACAGACACCUGAUGGUAAAAUUUAUUUGGUACCUCACACAGCCAUGCAAAAGAGAGAGCAAUGCUGAAGAGCCAUGUCAUGUUAUUUAAAAACCUAAUAGACCGUAUACUGUGUUGAGGAGGAAAACUGUUAAAUAUACCAGUGUGUAAACAUUAAAUCUUUGAGGGUGUAGGUAUUGUAAAAAAAUGUUUUAAAUUGUAUCACCACAAGGGUGCAGCUACCCUCGGUCAGGUCUGUACUUCUAUCAUGGUACACACCUGUUCUACAGGGCUGGGCUACAUUU